AGUGUUAAAGGAGUCCGUAGACAGAGCCAGGUUCUGAGACAGACACAUUUACCCUGUGAUCUACAAACACCGUGUUGCUGAGUUGUACCAAUACAAGGUGUGAAAGAUGUCCGUCACUGUUGUUAAAGACAACGGGAUGACUGUGGUCACCUUGGCGACUGACGAGAAGAGCAUGUCACCACCGCUGUGUCAAAUCCUCAAGACUCUCUGCUACAGUCCGAUAUGCUGCUCAGUGCACAAGGGGCUGAUGAAGACCAGUGUGACUGCAGCUCUCGGGACCAUACAGAUCAUGGCGGGCCUGUUCAACAUCGCACUCGGGCCAGGACGUACAUACGUUCAUCCUCGGGAUGUGACUGGGCCCAGUGAUGCUUACUGGCUGGGUGCUGUGUUCAUCGCAGCUGGAAUCAUGACCCUUCUUGCCGGCGGGUUCCCCUCUCUCUUCAUGGUGGUCUUUGCUGUGGUUGUGAACAUAGUUAGCUUGAUCUCAGCCUUUGCUGGCGCUUUCCUGUACGCCAGAAACAUGGGAGCAGCUACUACCUCAACGAUAUGUGACGGGUACCGGAACAAUGAUCCAAGCUUUGUUUCCAGCUGCAGAUAUGUGGCGUUUGGUUUCCAGGGUUUGUUGUCAAUCAUAGACCUGACUAUGAUUGUCCUGGCUGUUCUCCAGGUGUGUGUCUGCAUCAGCUUUGUUGUUCUGGCCAUCAAGGCUUUGGUCAAAAGGAAGAAGAAAGAGGGUGACAAAGAUGUUAAAGAUCAGCAGUCACAGUUGAAGGAAGUCCUCCUGACCAGUCCUGGUGCUUAAAAGCAACUCAGCUGAACACAUGGAAGCUUGACUCUGAGUUGUUGAAAUAUUUGUGCUUUUACACACACUUGCUGAAAUUGUUCAAAACUGCCUCAUAUCACAGGGACACAGUCUGUGUCCAGGUUUUGUUUCUGUCUACUUGUGAAUUACUUUUAAAGCUAAAUUGCUUUAAUGAAAACAUGUGAAAUAGUGAAAACUGUCCAAAGAGACGCUUCAGUGUUAUGAUAGUUAAGUUAGAUAAUAAUAGCGUAAAAUUUCAAUCAAAAGACCAGUCCCUUUUACUAGCCCGGCGUAGCUACACAUUUGGACAAACAAAUGCCUGUCUCAAUUAGACACCUGGAAGUUUUCCGAUAUAUAAAACCUAGUUGUUUGCUACCUCAAAUUAUGUGUCCAUUCCUCGAUCACCCUGCAAGUUACUGAUAUUUUUUAGCCCAUAAGGGUCCUCAGAUCAAAAUAAUCAAAAGGGUUUUUCAUAAAAAUUAAUCCAAGUUGUGAGGAUUGUUUUAACAGGAUAAAGUGAUGUAGUGUCAGUAUACUGGGGGCCAUAAUCCUCGAUUCCCGUAACUCUCUCUGAUGUGGAGCGAGAUCAAAUGAAUCACUCAUAAUUGAUAUGUUAUCUGAAGCCUAAUUUUUAUACAAGUAAUUUUAAUACUUGUUUAAAUAAACAAUUUGAUGCAUUUCUCGAUCUUUGCUGAGCAACAGUUUUGUGUUAAAGGAAUUAAAGACCUGUCCCAAAUAUAGGCCCAUUGAUUUCAGUUAUUUAAGCAAAUAAUAGCCCGGGCUAUUUUUACGGUAAUAUGAUUUUUUUUAAAUAGCACUUUUCAAGCUUAAGCAUAAAGUGCUUUCCAGAUUAAAAUAUUUACAGAUAAAAAAAUGAAACCCACACAGAUGCCAUAUGUGUUUAUAUCUAUUUAUGUGUAAAUAUAAGUACAUUAAGUGUGUUGUUGUUUUUUUGAUUUCCAAUCUUGUGCUUGU